UUUUUUUUUGCUUUCUUAUUUGCAUUAAUCAUGCCUGAGCCCGCGAAGUCGGCGCCGGCCCCGAAGAAGGGCUCCAAGAAGGCGGUGACCAAGGCGCAGAAGAAGGACGGCAAGAAGCGCAAGCGCAGCCGCAAGGAGAGCUACUCGGUGUACGUUUACAAGGUGCUCAAGCAGGUGCACCCCGACACGGGCAUCUCGUCCAAGGCCAUGGGCAUCAUGAACUCGUUCGUGAACGACAUCUUCGAGCGCAUCGCGGGCGAGGCCUCGCGCCUGGCGCACUACAACAAGCGCUCGACCAUCACGUCUCGGGAGAUCCAGACGGCCGUGCGGCUGCUGCUGCCCGGGGAGCUGGCCAAGCACGCCGUAUCCGAGGGCACCAAGGCCGUCACCAAGUACACCAGCUCCAAGUGAGCGCGCCGGGCUGCUGCCUACAUAACCCAAAGGCUCUUUUCAGAGCCACUUACAAUCUCAAGAGCUUUAAUACUAAGUGUUGCUGUAGUUACGUUAACUAGGUAAAACUUACCCGAGUUACAUAAAAAUAUUACAGGCAGUGAAACAGGGCCACGCCCUGGAAGGAGCCAGUGUGUAAGACAAGAUACCUUCCUGCAAAUGGAGGGGCAGUACUUGCUGCGGGCCAGAUCUCAAGAUAAAAGAUUAAACAAAUACACCCACAUACCUCCCUAGGGACGGACCUCAGGGAUUGGUGUUCUAAUAGGUAGCUAUCACUUCAAAGAGUCACUGACCCAACCCCUUACAGGAAAAGCCCCUGUUCUGUGUUUCUGCGGACUUGGUAGGUAACGUCC